AUGGCUCAAGUUUUGAAAGAAAUAGUUUCGACCCAAAAGUUUUUGCAUGGUGUAAAGACCCUACCUCAUUACGAUGAGCUGCAGCGAAAACAAUUGGAACGACUCAAGCCGAUUGUGCAGAAGCACGUCAUCUCUGUGGAGAUGGCGGGUCGCAUCAUGGAGUCCUUCUCCGAUGUCUGGAGUGUAGGAAUUUUAGAUGAGUUGAAGGCAUUGGUUGCCGAGCAAAGUGAGUCACAGGAGGAUCUGGCAAGCCGUGCUGGCUUGCAAGACUUCACCGCUUUGCCGAACUAUUUAUCGAAGGAAUGGUGGCAGAAAUUAGAAUCUCGUGCCGCUGGAGUUUAUAAACUUGAGCUCUUGACCAAUUUUGCUGCCACUUUGGGUCUGAAGAAUCCAACGGAGGCGUCCUAUGGCGCUUUGGUGGCAUUGUCCUUCUAUGCGGACAAUGUUGAGGCGUGGCCAGAAUCGGACCAGGUGAAGCUCUUGAGGGCACAUAAGGAGCGCAUGCGCCGUUGGCUGAAUAAGGCAGCAGCUGCCAGUGUCCGUUUGGAAAUUUUGCCCGAGAAUCCAGAGGAGAUUCCAGUUUCUUUGUUUGCUGCUGCAUUUCCGACGGGAUUGAUUCCGGGUUCCCCGGAAAUUAUGGAUAAAGCAAGGUUGCGGCGGGUCAUCGCUGAUUUCCGUUUGAGGGCACCUAAGGAAGGCAUGUCUUCCAUGUCAGUGUUGCCGGCAAGUGGUCAAGUUGAUCCUGCUGCUUUGGUGCAUGCUGCAGCCACCUUAGUGGCGCGUGUGCAGACACAAUCUCGACAGACCGAGGUUGACAUACCAGGCUUUCGGAUGUUGGAGCCUCGGGACGCAAAGGUGACCGUGGCAGCGCCUGCGUUGGCUUUGGAAGACACGAAGCCUGUUGCUGCUGCCACGCAGCCCUGUGAGGCAAAGGAAGAGCUUCCGGACAAAGUCGAGAGCGAGACCUGCGGGCCGCAAGCUGCAAUCGCUGCUUUGCGGGGUGAGUUGAAAAAGAAAGGAAAAGGAGUGCCCGGAAGAAAUGCAGAGGUAACGCCAAGCAAGAAGCCUGCCAUACGUUCGAAAGCCAAGUGCAAGGGUAUGGCAAGGCCUGCCGCUUCUGUGAAAAAGAUUUUGAAGCGUCCCGCUGCUGUUGCGGCAUCGUCUUCCGCGGGAAGCAUGUCGGAGGGGGGAUACAAUGAUCGCAGGGAGACCUUGUUGAAGAAGAUCCCAAAGGAUGUAUUGCAGCGAUACAAAGGUGGAUAUGAUUCCACCUGCGCGGUGGUUUCCACGACGUGCAUGGUUGCCGCGGCGUCUCCCUUUUCGCCGAUCAUGCCUGCGCGGCAAGAAUCCUCUCCAGAGGAAGACGUGUCUGCGGAUACGUCGCCUGCCAAGGAGGAUCCGAGGAAAAAGGAGAGAGAACACCACAAAGAGAAAAAGGCGAAAUUGGUUCCGAAACAGAAAUCUCGCAGUGAAGCAGACGAGCGCGACCGUGAUCGCACACGGGACCGCCGUCGUCGCCGCUCCCAUAGGUCAAGGUCCCGCAGGUCUACUGGCAAGCACUCUCCCACGCGCCGGUCGAAGGCCGAGCCGGCGGAAGAACCAGAUCGUGGGAGAGAACGUCCUGUGAGUCCACCUGGAAAGCCUGCGGGGCCAUCCCAGAGUGAAGCAAAGCAGGAUCUACAAGUGCAGGGUGCAAAAGGAAAGGGUAAGAACAAGAAAGGCCGCUCCGAGCGGCAAACCUGCAAGAUCUGCAAGACCCAAGUGUCUGGCAACGCGUCCGCUUUGGACCAACACCAAUGGCUGAACGCGUAUUGUCUGGCCGUGCAAGCCUGGGAGAAAUUCACUCCGUAUCAGAAAGAACAAGCGGGAGCAUGGGAGAAGGCCAGACAAAUCGGUGCAGAUGUAAAGUCCCGUCGUGACAGAGGGGAGGCAUGGCAGGUGUCUGCGGGACAACUGAGCGCUCCUGCGAGGAGUGCAGUGCCGGACCGUGGCAUCAGUGUGGCAUCGUCCGUUCGCGGGCCUCCGGAAGUCUUGGAGCAGGAUUGCCAAGCACAGGGCUCCGAGAAGAAGCGCUCUGAGAAGAAGUCUCGCAAGGACAAGGGACGUCGCAGAGAUGUCUCCUCCUCGAGCACCAGCGCAGGCCGACGCAAGAGUCGGCGUCACAAUGUGACCAUCAACUUUCGUUGA